ACGUUCGUCCCACUGAUGUAUAUCAUAAUUGUAUCUUUAUCGUCACGGUGAUACAACUCUGCUCGGUAUCUUGAUGGCGUCGCCGACGCGACGCCACCAUCGGUGGCGGCGACCGAGAUCGGCCACGGUUCCCUCGAGAUUUUCAUCGCGUACGAUCGAUCGAGGUAUAAUCGCGUCGAUUCGAGCAUCGCGAGUCGCAAAAUCUCGGGUAUUUUUGCCGGCCGUGUGCCCUCGUCGAGGAGAUUUACAGAGGAGAGUGCGGGCGACGGUUACGUAGUUGAGAGAAAGAGAGAAAGAGGAUGAGGAAGAGGGAGAGGGGAGAGCUCCAAGCGAGCGGCGACGUUAGCGGCCAUGAUGGAUUUCGGCGCGAGUGAAGCUCGAGAACGCCAGUCGUUUCCGUUGCCGAUCGCGGUGCGAUUCGCCCGAUAUGUUCCUCCACGAGGAGUCGUCCGUGCGUCGCGUUUGUUCAUGGCGAGUGGGAUACUUGCGGUCGUGAAUGCGGGGACUAAUAGGCCGGCAGGCGAUACGACGGGCAUGCUGGAGAAAUACGGUUCCUGCAGCGAUUAACCUCGCUUUCGCGAGCGUAGCGCGGCUUGAGCGCGCUUGCGCGGUCGUGGGAAAGGAAGCCGCGGCGCAGCGCGCAGCCACAAGAGUGCGUCGACCGUUCACUCGGUGAAUCCUGAAUCGCGCUGCCUGUUGCUGCAACCUGUUGCACCGACGGUGAAUGGUACCGCGCGACGAUAGGAAUGUAAUAAUUAACCGCACGAAAGUACAAAAGAGCCUGGAGGUAGAGACGAGCGCGGAUACUCCGACCAAUAAUGCGACGAAAGCUGUGGAAUUUUUACCAGCUAGCAACACCGAGAACCCAAGCGCUCCGCCGAGUCAGUACAAUGCAACGGACAAAGGGAAGAUCUUGUUCUCCACCAGUGAGAAAAAAACCGGGACGUCUUGGAGAAAGACGGGAGAUUACAGUGUCGAAGUCACGAAAUCUGACGAACCGCACGUUCCUAACGACGCUACAUACAUGUACGAGAUCCUGUCUAAGCAGGGAAAUCUUCUUACGUCCACCUGCCGAAGUCUAGGUAGCAGAUUGUUCAAGACGUGGUCGAGUGGUAACGCGUCGACCGACUUGCGUUACGUGAAAAACGUGCGGAGCGUGAGUCAGACAUAUUUUCGCACUUUCGGCCGUAUCAACACAAACAAGCAAUCCACGAACACUGUGACGUUGGAGGGUUGCUCGAGGCGGAAAGGCACCUCAGUAGCGGAUUCGAUCGAGCUAGAUUUCCGGAACGUCAAACACUACUCUGUAUUCUCUGGUCAGAUCGUGGCUGUCGAAGCUACGAACCCGAUAGGCGAUGUGCUCUACGUAAGGGAGAUAUUCGCAAAAGCGUAUGCGCCACCGGCGUGUGCACCCAGGAUUGAGUCAAGCGUCAACAUCUUCGUCGCGGCGGGCCCAUUUACCGCGUCAAACAAUAUGCAUUACCAGCCGUUGUGGGAUCUGAUGGACAAGGUUGCCUUUGACGAGCCACAUGUAUUGGUACUCAUUGGACCAUUCCUUGAGUACACGCAUCCUGAGAUACAAGAUGGUCUUGUCAAAGACACGUAUCAAGAACUCUUCGAGAAGACUCUCGCGAGGAUAAUGGAGUCGACAAAGAAGAGCACACAAGUUAUACUGGUAGCUUCUAAUCGUGACGCGCAUCAUGAGCCUAUUUUUCCAACUCCGCAGUACACAGUUUUCAAUAAAAAGUUGCUUCAAAAUUAUUCAAACUUAAAGUUGAUGCCGGAUCCCUGUGUAUUGGACAUCUUUGGCUUGAAAAUUGGUGUUACAUCGGUCGACGUUAUUAAACAUAUCGGGAAGGAAGAGAUAUCUAACAUAUCCGGCAUGGAUAGACUCAGUCGCCUGGCUGACCACGUACUCGCACAAACAUGUUUCUACCCUGUUUAUCCUCCGUCUGAGGAUUUGAAUGUGGACACGGAGCUGUGGGAAAAAUACGCGUUUUUCGAUCAACAACCACAUGUGUUGAUUCUACCGUCCGACAUGCGAUGUUACUGCAAAGUAAUCAGCGGGUGCGUAACUCUCAAUCCGGAACGCAUGCACAAACACGCCUAUGCUAGGUUGUGCGUAAAACCUGCCUUCAACGGCAAAUGGAGUUCUGAUAACGUCUUGUGCGAGAUCGUGAAAGUUUAAUGACUCUAAGGUGCACUAUAGAAAUAUCUUAAUUAUUUUUUUAAUGAAGGGUUCAGUGCGACAGCGUUCCUCGAAUAGACAAUUUUAUAUUUUUUUUUAAAUUCGAGAGAGAGAAGAUAAGUUCAAAUUUAGAGAUUAAAAUAACAUACUUAGAAAUAAAAGCUAAGUUUAGAGGUUAAUUUGAAUUCAAUCUGAAAAGUAUCUUCCUUAAGUUUUGGUAAAUUUGAUUAGGCACAUUAUUGUAUUGAAUCGUUCGAUUCAUUGAAAAAUAUCAAAUAUUCCAUACUCCGAAUGUGAUUGAGUAUUUUUAUACUGAUCGAGGAUAAUAUAUGAGCUAUUAAAUUUAAA